AUGACUCCUGACAAAGAUACUGUAUUUUUAACAAGGCCAAAGACAGAACCCUACUACGUUACUGAGGGACAAGAAGGCCCGGUAAUGGAAUGUAGCUUUGCUCCUGAAUUUCGCAAUCGUACUCGAUAUGAGCCAAGUUGGACAGUUGUGGCUGGUGAUUUGCCCAGACAUCUGACACGUAAUGGAGUGUCAUUUUCGAAACAACACUACGCAUUAUUACAAACAAGUGGCGCAUAUAAUUUACAAAUUCGGCACGUUGUUUUUCGUCGAGAUAAUGGGAAAUUCUUCUGUACUGUUUUAGACAAGGAAUCUGGAGCACAAUAUACCGUACAAGCAAAUAUUAUUGUUGUUGGUUCGUUUUCAUUCAUGAUAAUUUAA